AUGCCGUCCCCCACAGCUCAGGGUCUAGGCCCAGGUCAGGAGAAGAAGAUCGGCCACAGGAGAGUAGAUGCCUCUGGAGAGACCACCUAUAAGAAGACCACGUCCUCUGCCCUGAAAGGUGCCAUCCAGCUGGGCAUCGGCUACACAGUGGGCAACCUGAGCUCCAAGCCAGAGAGAGAUGUCCUCAUGCAGGACUUCUACGUGGUGGAGAGCAUCUUCUUCCCCAGUGAGGGCAGUAACCUGACUCCUGCCCAUCACUACCCAGACUUCAGGUUUAAGACCUACGCCCCCGUGGCCUUCCGCUACUUCCGAGAACUGUUUGGGAUCCGACCAGAUGACUACCUGUACUCUCUAUGUAACGAGCCACUGAUCGAGCUGUCCAACCCGGGGGCCAGCGGCUCCAUAUUCUACGUAACCAGGGACGACGAGUUCAUCAUCAAAACAGUCAAUGCCAAGGAGGCGGAGUUUCUGCAGAAACUACUUCCUGGAUACUACAUGAAUCUGAAUCAGAACCCGAGGACCCUGCUUCCUAAGUUCUUUGGUCUCUACUGCGUCCAGUGUGGUGGUAAAAACAUCCGUAUCGUGGUCAUGAACAAUGUGUUACCGCGCGCCGUACGCAUGCACCUCAAGUUCGACCUGAAGGGCUCCACGUAUAAACGGCGUGCGUCGAAGAAAGAGAGGGAGAAAUCGAAUCCCACCUUUAAAGAUCUGGACUUUAUAUCAGAUGUACCGGACGGACUGACACUGGAUCAGGAUACAUAUGGUGCUCUGCUUAAGACCCUACAGAGAGAUGGUCUGGUGCUCGAGAGCUUUAAAAUCAUGGAUUACAGUCUGUUGCUUGGGGUCCAUAACCUGGGCCAGGCUGGGAGAGAGUCCCAGGGCUCACCAGCAGGGGGCGAUGAGAAGAAACCUGUGACCCAGAGAGCCCUCUACUCUACUGCCAUGGAGUCUAUACAGGGAGGGAAGACGUGUAGAGACACACUAGACCACGAUGCUACAAUGGGUGGUAUUCCUGCAGUGGAUGGUAAAGGGGAACAACUCCUUCUUUUUAUUGGAAUCAUUGACAUCCUGCAGUCUUACAGGGUCAUCAAGAAACUGGAACACUCAUGGAAGUCUCUGAUUAGUAAUGACGGGGACACAGUGUCAGUCCACAGGCCUAGUUUCUAUGCAGACAGGUUCUACAAGUUCUGCAGCACCACUGUCUUCAGAAAGAGCUGCUCCCUGAGGUCUUCUCCCUCCAAGAGGGGGCGAGGAGGGGCUCUGCCCGCACCCAAAAACAGUGUCCAAACACAGCUCUCCAUAGAGAGAGUGGAGAACCAGGAGAACGAGGACCUGCACCUCAGAGCGGCUCGCGGCUCCCGCCUGCUGGAGGAGGACGGUCAGAGAGAGCACCCCCACACUCCUCCAUCUUUUGAGGAUGCGACCACAGCAUCCAUUGCGACCACUCUCUCCUCCAACAACUCUCUCCCUACCACACCGUUUGACACACCAGAACACCCACGCUUCAGGAGGCCAACUCAUUCUCCACGGGACCAUGAAGACAGGUCACAGCUGGAAGUAGUGGAAGUGCACGAGCAAACCGUCACUGUGGCGGUGGAGGUGAAGAGGGAACCUACAACCAGUGUGGUUCCAGAGGACCUUCAGGACUCUAAAUCAUCAGCUGUCAUCGCCUCCACCCUUCCACCCUCUGCAGUCCCUCAAGCCUCCGCCCCUCCCUCUUCCACCACUCCUGCAUCUACCCACCCCUCCUCCUCUCCCCAUUCUUCACUCCUUCCCACCACCCCUCCCUUCUCUCUCCCUCCGAGCCCCCAGGUGACAGCGGAACGCUAUUCGUCCAAUCAUCUGUCUGUCACCUCGUCCGUCAGCCACAACUCACUGGAGGGGGAGGUUCCAGUCUCUGACAUCUACUUCUAUGCUGAUGGGAGGUACUGGGUGUACUCCCCAAUGCUGGGUCGUAAGAAACUCAACUCAAGCUCAAGCUGCAAUGUAAGUCACGGCUGCUGGUUGCACAAGCCCUAG